CGGGGCACCACAUCACUUGAACUCUCACACACUGUCCCCGAAAUGCUAGCAGUUAACGCACCACGCUCGUUUAUAUCGCCACUCCUCUUUUUGACCUCAUCGACUUCACUUUCAUCUCCUCCGCUCCGUACGACUUCGCCCCUCUCAGUUUCAAAGCUUCUCUUCUUCCACUCUCGCCUGAGCUCACUCCACAGACACCGUGCAAUGUGCGAAGCAAAUGAAACGACUUCCACGCCGGAGCACGUUGCCGGAACUUGGUACUCCGUGCCAGACCUCCGGCUUCGCGACCAUCGGUUUACAGUUCCUCUUGAUUACCGCAAUAACCAGAAUGCCUCUCCUAAGAUCUCAAUUUUUAUUCGCGAAGUCGUCGCCGUUGGGAAAGAAGAACAGCUACUGCCUUACUUAUUAUUUCUACAGGGUGGACCUGGCUUCGAGUGUCCACGGCCAACUGAAGGCAGUGGAUGGAUAAACAAAGCUUGUGAAGAAUUCCGUGUAAUUUUGAUGGACCAGCGAGGAACAGGUUUAUCGACUCCUUUGACACCAUCAUCAUUGUCACAACUGGAUUCUGCAGAGAAGAUGGCUGAAUACUUGAAGUUUUUUCGUGCUGACAAUAUAGUGAAUGAUGCUGAGUUUAUCCGAGUUCGUCUUGUUCCUAAUGCUGAACCUUGGACAAUCUUGGGUCAGAGUUAUGGUGGAUUUUGUGCUGUAACCUAUUUGAGUUUUGCGGCACAUGGACUAAAACAAGUCCUUAUAACUGGAGGAAUUCCUCCAAUAAAAAAUGGGUGCACUGCAGAUACAGUUUAUAGAGCAUGCCGUGAACAGGUUAUUUGCCAAAAUGAAAAGUACUACAAGAGAUUCCCUCAAGAUGUUGAAGUUGUUCGAGAAGUUGUGAACCAUUUGGCAGAAUCUGAAAGAGGCGGGGUGCCUCUUCCAUCUGGAGGAAUCUUAACACCAAGAGGACUACAAGCUCUUGGUCUUUCUGGUUUAGGAUUCAGUGCAGGUUUUGAACGUCUUCAUUACAUGUUUGAGAGGGUGUGGGAUCCAAUCAUAGUUCCUGGAUCACAAAUGAAAAUUAGCCACUAUUUUUUAAAAGCUUUUGAAAAUUGGUUGGAUUUUGAUUCAAACCCCCUGUAUGCUCUCCUACAUGAGUCCAUAUACUGUCAGGGUGCUUCAUCAAAGUGGGCUGCUCACAGAAUUAUGGCCGAAGACAAUGGUCAAUUUAAUGCAAUAAAGGCUGCCAAAGAAGGUCGGCCAGUAUUUUUCACUGGAGAGAUGGUGUUUCCAUGGAUGUUCGAUGAAAUUCAUGCAUUGAGGCCGUUCAAAGAUGCUGCUCACUUAUUGUCUGAGAAGAAAGACUGGCCUCCCCUCUAUGACAUCACCAAGCUAAACAAUAACAAGGUACCCGUUGCGGCGGCUCUGUAUUACGAAGACAUGUAUCUGAAUUUCAAGGUGGCAAUGGAGACAGCUCCUGAGAUUGCGGGGAUUAGAUUAUGGAUAACUAACGAAUACACGCAUUCUGGUCUGCGGGAUGCAGGAGGACGUGUUUUGGAUCAUUUAUUAGGAAUGUUAAAUGGGAAGAAGCCUUUGUUUUGAUUACAGUUGCACCUCUUCCAAAUUUAUAAUCAUUAUUUAAUAAUCUUCUCAUUCUAUUUUGUAUGCAUAUUUUUCUUCACAAAUUAUAUUAGUAUAAUAAAUUUGUUCUAUA